AUGCCUGACAUUACAGAUGAAGAACAAAGUUUGAAUGAUGAUGAUGAAACUAAUGACGAUGAUCAUCAAGACUAUGUUCAAGAACUUGUAAACAAAUAUGCCGGGCCCGGAGCGGCCAAUCCCGGCAGGGAUGCCGGCGCAGAGCCUAAUACCGGAGAGGUCAAUGCCAGCGCUCCCAAAAAACAAACUGCAUCAGAGAAGCAGCGAGCACAUUUAGAAAAAUCCCGAGAAAAGGCUCUUCAGGUUAGACGAGAACUCGCCGCCAAGAGAAAAGAAGAGAGAGAACUAGAAAAGAAGAGAAAAGAGGAGGAGAGGAUUCUUGCUAAGGCCGAGGCUCUUAGGGUGGAACAGGAAAAACGUGUCGAGGCUAGGCUCCGCGCUGAGGAGGACUUACAAAAUACUUCAUAUAAAGAAGAUGAUUCUUCAGAUGAUUAUGAGGAAGUUGUCAAAGUCAUCAAGAAAAAGAGAAAUCGCCCCGUUCACCACACUCGCGCAGAUGUAGUCCGUUUUAAAAAUGGACAUGAGUAUGUCGGGCACGGAGUGGCCAAUCCCGGCAGGGAUCCCGGCACAGAGCCAUAUGCCGGCAGGCAUGCCGGGCACGGAGUGGCCUAUCCCGGCAGGGAUAUCAUGCAUACCAAACCACCAUCGAUCUUUGAUGACAUUGUAUAG